AUGGAUCUCUCCGCGCCAACUUCAAGUGGCACUACGUCGACGUCCAACAUCUUGUCACCAGAACAUAACUCAAAUUCUACUACAACAUCAACAACCAAUCAUUCUAAUGAUACUACUACGCAACGAGGUUAUCAAUCAGCAAGUCAAUAUUACACCGUCAUGUCACCAGAAAAUGAUUCUAAUUCUUCUGUAAUGUGUGCAACCAAUUCAUCAUAUUUUUCAAACCAAACGCUACCAGUCAACGAAUCAAUGUCUAGUACCACCACUCAGCAAGGCUAUCAAACAGCAAAUCAAUAUGAUCCUCAUUCAACAGUCAAUAAUUCUGUUCAGCAAAGCUGUGAAGAAAUACAGCACUUUCCAAAUAUUGCAUCAGAAAACGACAAUUUCUAUUAA